AUGUUUAAUGCCCCAAAACAAUCACAAGCUAAAGAGUUCUUCAAUAGCAUAUAUCUUCAACAUCUCAGCCAAUUCAAAUCAAAUGGAACAUCAGUUUGGGCAACCGAUGCCUCGGUCAUUGGCAACAAAACUGGCUGCGGAGUCUGCAACAUUUCAUCCAAUGAAAACUUUCUUUUCAAAAUAAACUCUAAAUGUUCCUCCCUGAUGGGUGAGCUUAACGCCAUUAAUAAAGCCGUUGACCUCAUGAUUGAAGACGGCAUACAAAAAGCAGUAAUCUUCACCGACAGUAAAAAUGCCUGUUUGCUACUAAAGAACAACACAUCACACAAUUACUUAGUCAACAUAAUCAACAAAAAAGUUAACUCCUCAAACUUAAAUCAUCUUACCUUGGUGUGGGUCCCAUCACACGUUGGAAUCUCCUCAAAUGAGCGUGCUGAUUACUUUGCUAAGCAAGCCGCUGAUGUUGGAUGUGUUAUUCCAUCUAGUCUGGCUAUCAAAGACGCCUGUUCGACAAUUUACGAUGCCCUAUGGAAUGAAUGGGCACUGGCAUUCUGA